AUGCCCUCCAUCCGCCAGCUGGCCGGCAUUCUCGCCGCUGCCGCCGUCUCCAGCGCUGCUCCGGCCCCUGCCCUCUCUUCCUCCGCCGGCAACAACAACAACAAACGCCAGACCACUCCGCUCCCCGACUACGCCCUCACCUAUGCUCCCAUCUCCUACCUCUACAGCGGCGAGAGCUGGUGGCCGUCGGAUGUUGCUACCCACCUUGCCAAUGUGAUUCCCGAGGUCGACUUUGUCCCCGUCUCCGGCUACACGUCCGCCGGCUCCGUCACGCUCGCCACCCUCAACGACCAGAGCAGCAGCGUCUACCUCACCUCCAAGGACAAUGUCGACACCAGCCCGGCCUGGCUGGUCUCGGCCUACGGCAAGCCCACAACCACCACCGGCGGCUACAGCGCGGCGCCCGGCACGAUCAUCGCCGUGCAGAAGAACGCCACCUGGGUGGACGUCUUUUACUUUUACUUUUACUCGUACAACUAUGGCGGAAAGGUCAUCGGCAUCAACUUUGACGACCACGUCGGCGACUGGGAACAUACCAUGAUCCGCUUCGUCGACGGCGCUCCUACCGCCAUGUACUUUUCCCAGCACGGCUCCGGCUCCGCCUACACCUGGGCCGCUCUCUCCAAGGGCACCGGCGCCAACGCCGGCCGCCCGCUCACCUACAUUGGCACCGGCGGCCACGCCAACUACGCCAAGCCCGGCAAGGAAGACUACACCAUCGCGCUCGGCAUUGUGAGCGACACCACCGACGCCGGCUUUGCAUGGGACCUGGCCCAGAACUACCGCGGCUACUGGUUCGACACCGCAUCCGCCACCUUCUCGGAAGCAGGCGGCGCCAAUGUCGGCGGCAGCGAAGAGGGCAGCACGUCGCCCGCCGAGGGGGCGACGUGGCUGCAGUGGGGCGGCGCCUGGGGCGACGAGCAGUACGCGUCGAGCCGGUCGGGCCAGUACUGCAUCUUUGGCGAGUGCCACUACACGUCGGGCCCGACGGGCCCCGUGGCCAAGAACCUGGGCCGCACGGCCAUGUGCCAGACCGAGUCCGGCUGCACGGUGUUUACCAGCGUCGACGACCUGACGCACCAGUCGAAGCGGACACACCGGUCGAAGUGA